AUGCCCCCCAAGUUGCCCCAAGAUUUCAGACAGCGCACGACCACCAUCAAGAUGGAACGCGUUUUGUCACUCCCAAAGGUCCGUCGAGCACUCGUCAAAGAAUUCAUCCCGGACCUCGACGACGACGAGGUCAACCGUGUCGUGUCCAAGUUCACUCUGAGAAACAUCCCGCUCUACCCCAUCGACUUGAGGCAAUACACCGAGAUAGACUUAUCCGAGGACGUCGACGUGAUUUACCAGCGAUUCAGAGGCAUCGUGUGUAAGGGCACAAGCCAGGACUACAUUCCAUACUGCAAGAAGACGCCCGCCUUGUUUGCAGAGUUUGAGCGGGCAUACGUCAAGGCGGGCAACAGGAUUCUGGCGGACAAAGAGAUGGGCAGUAGGUUUGACCUGGAGUGGCUCCUCAAGGACUACCAGGAGUACGCGGGGGAUUUCCUAGCGCCGUAG